CAUUCUCUUCGAAGGCGUUCGUCCAUCGUUUUACUUUCCCAACCUGGCUAUCAUAUGAACCUCGUGGCCGUGCAUAUUUAUUUGACUUCAUCUCGACGAUGAAGUAUACUGAAAAGCCUUUGUCAAGUUGGCAUCUUGUAAUGUCAAUGCCAGCUUUCUGAUGGAAUCCAAGCUUUCUUGCUUUGUUUUCCGCGGUUUACGGCUUGGAGAACUCGCUUGCCGCACGUUUCAUGUCUUCUUAGUUGGGAGUUUGAUGCAUUAGAAAGAAAGAGAGGAGGAGGAGAGUGGCAUUUGCGGUGCAGCCUCUGCUCCGCAUAUCCGGCCAGCAUUUGCUUGCACGCCGCUACAGCGUCACUAUCUACCACCACCAUGGCAGGAGAGAGAUGUCAGGAGGAAUCGUAGUUCAUAGACCACAUGAAACAUAAAAGAGGGAAAGACGUCGGCCUGCUCAGGAUCUCUUCUCUGUGGAAAAACUAUGAAUUCGAACUGACAAUGUCGGUUUAAGAGUAUGUACAUGAUUUCCUUUUUCUUAAAAUUCUCCAUUAAUGGUGGCAACUCUUAUUCCAAGAAAUGGAAGAAAGUUGGCCCUCCCCGUGGACUUCUGUGGCUGCACUCCUGCUCCUCUUCAUCUCUAUUUGGAUCUGUAAACGGAAUCAUCAAAGGACGAUUCGGAGAACUUCAAAGAAGUUGCCGCCAGGAGGAAGAAGUUGGCCUCUAAUUGGUCAUGGCCUUGAAUGGUACAUGGCUGUGGCGAGUUCUCAUCCACCAAAAUUCGUGGAAGAUCAAGUCAGGCGGUAUGGAAGAAUUUUCAGAUGCAAUCUCUUCGGUAAACAAGCAGUUGUCUCAGCUGAUCCAUAUUUCAACCGUUUCAUCAUCCAACACGAAGAGAAAUUAUUCCAGUCAUGUUAUCCAAAAUCCUUUAGAGAUUUGGUAGGCCGGAAUGGGGUCAUUGUGGUUCAUGGACAGCAGCAAAGAAAGCUUCAUGGGAUUGCUAUGGACAUGAUGAGGGCGGAGAAGCUCAAUCUGAACUCCCACUUCUUAGCGGACAUGCAGAUCGUUAUGCUUCGAGCACUAAGCACAUUGCAGGAUAACCAUGUCGUAGUCCUCCAAGACUUGUGCAGAAAGGUUGCUAUCAAUCUGAUGGUCAAUCAGCUAUUAGGUGUGUCUACCGAAUCAGAGAUCGGUGAGAUGGCUUGCCUAUUUUCGGAUUUUGUCGAUGGUUGCCUCUCUGUCCCAAUCAACUUGCCUGGAUUCACCUAUUACACUGCAAUGAAGGCAAGGAAAACUAUCACCAUGAAGAUCAAGAAAAUGAUAGAGAUCACAAGACAGCAAACCAGGUCUGCAGGAGAGAAUGGAGUCCUCGGGAGACUGGUCGAGGAGGAGAACUUACCUGAUGAUGUCAUCUCCGACUUCAUAAUCAACCUUCUAUUUGCUGGAAACGAGACGACUGCUAAAACAAUGCUGUUUGCUCUCUAUUUCCUUACUCACUGCCCCAAUGCAUUGGAGCAAGUGCAGGAUGAGCAAAUGAGCAUUAGAAGAAGAAGGGGCAGUGACAUGCUCUCUCGGGAAGAUUAUGAAGCAAUGCCAUUCACUCUCUGUGUCAUCGAUGAAACACUUAGACUUGGAGGCAUAGCAAUAUGGUUACUGAGGGAAGCAAAAGUGGAUAUCGAGUAUCAAGAUCUUUCUAUUCCAAAGGGAUUCUUCGUGGUUCCCUUUCUCUCAGCAGUUCACCGGGAUGAAAGUAUAUAUCCCGAGGCUUUGAGUUUUCACCCUUGGAGGUGGAUGGAUCAAGAGAACAAGGAUAAGAGAAAUUGGAGAACUAGUCCCUUUUACACACCAUUUGGAGGGGGUGCUCGAUGCUGCCCAGGGGCUGAACUAGCUCGACUUCAGAUUGCUUUCUUUCUACAUCAUAUUGUUACUAAGCUCAGAUGGGUUCAAGUCAAAGAAGAUAGGAUGUCAUUUUUCCCUUCAGCUCGGCUAGUGAAUGGAUUCCAAAUUUGUAUAACCAAGAAUCCUGAUGAAGUUGUAGGCUGAUACAUCUGACAGAGUUGCUCAAGGAAAUCAAGUUUGCCGGUUUUUCACUUUGUCAAUGUACAUUCAGUAGACACUGCUGGUUUCUAUACUCAUCACAAGCUUAGCUUUUAUGCUCUUCAAAAUGCAGACGAGGGUUUACAUGUAGUUAUGCUUUUUCUCUAGAAAUAUUUGUCAUGAAAACCAUACUAGAUAAUUCGAUGUUUUAAUACUAGUCUUCAUUCA